AUGCAGGCUUCCUCGGGUCCCUCGGAGGCUGGCGGAGGGCACGCGUCGCGGAGAGGCCAUGGGCCUCAUCUGUCGAUCAGCGACCCGAGCCACCACGUCACGGAGGCUAUCGGCCAUUUGUACGAGGACGACUACGACAAGCGGGAUUCACGACGCCUCAGUUACCUCUCCACCAACAGCGAAUCCAUUUCCAUCCUUCCCCCGAAUCACGCCGGUUCCGAAUCCUCGCGGCCAUCUGUACCUCCGAAGAAUCACACGGGCGAAGCGAGUCGAGGCCAGGUGAAUGGACAGUCCCACUCUCCCACCGUGGGGAACCGGCCGUUCGAUAUGGACAGCAGCAGCCCGACGUCUCCCGGUUCUACCGCCUCCCCUGGUUCAACCGAUACAGCUACCACCUCCUUUCCCUUGAAUGACAUCGACUACGAAUCCAACCCCGCCGCUGUCGCCCAGGAACUCAACAACUUGGCCGCGAUCCGGCGGAUGUCCAUGGAUGUAGCCGCCACCGGCGACCCCGACCUUCCCAGCUUCAACUCGGGUUCGAUGCCCUCCAUCGCACCCGCGCCGUCCGCCGAUGAAAAUGACGCUUCCCGAUUGUUCUGGGUUCCCGCCCGCUUGCACCCCGAAUUGGCCCCGAAAGAAUUCAAGUCCUUCCUGGAGAGCAAGUCGGACCACAUCAACCGGAGAUCGGGCGAUUUUUCAUUGCUGAGCCCGGAGCGGAGCGGGUCCAGCGGGAGCUUGAGGCGGAAGAAAUCGAUGCUGUCCCGGCAGAUCGACGACUCGCACGGUUAUACGGAUGGCGCGGAACGGCUCGAGCGGAAGCGAUCGCAGCAGUCGAGCAACGACUCGUUGAGCCCGAACCUGAUGCAGUUGGAGACGAUGGUGGACAACUCGAACCCCCGGAGCCCCAGCUCGUCCUCGUUGAAUGAUGACGUCCAGAAUCUCUCUCUGGCGACCGAAGAGGACAUGCCGAUCCUUCCCCCGGCACCGCCCGGCCACAGUCUAAGACGCUCGACGCGAACACAGUACCGGAAAGCUGGCAGUUUGAAGAAAGGUGACAAGCUGCCCUACUCCAAGCGACUCGCCAAGGCGAACGAGACGGGUGAGGAGGCGCCGCCGAUCGUGUCCGCGACCGGUGAGCCACCGAUCCUCGGUCUCACUCGAGUGUCGACGGACCCCAACCCCAGCGUCACACGAGCCCAGGCCUUAUCGAAAGCCGCACAGGCAACCGCUCCCCCGUCUGAUAUCACAACCUCAUCCGCCUCUUCCUCCUCCGUCGACCCGAGCGGUGAUCAGACACGUGACUCCACCGCGGCUGAAGCGGUCCACGUGAGUAGUCCCCCCCAGUCACGAUCGUGGCAUUCUCGCAUCAGCUCCAACGGCCGGUCGAGCCUGCAGACUCCGUCCGGGGAGCAGAAGAUCCCGGAGAUCGUCGAACCACCCCCGUCGGAGCCCAAGGGACCGUCCGCCUCCAACGCCCAGCAAAAUAUCCCUGCGGCAUAUAACUCUGGCAAAGACACGCCCCCAGCGCCGCCGCCGAAGAGCCCCUCCCAUGAACAAUCUUCGACUAAACGAUCGCUUCACCGGUCACACGGGAAAGACAAUGCCCCGACCCUCAAUGAGUUUGCCAGUACCCCACAGGCGCUGCCCGGCAACACGACGCGCACGGAUAGCCUGACCUUUAUCCCCCAUCUCACCGAGGAUCGCAAAUCGGAGUCGAAGAAGUCCAAGAAGGAGUCCGAAGGCGGGCGCAAGUCGAGCUGGCACUGGUUCUUGCACCCGGAUGAGAAGGACAAGGACAAAGAAAAGAAAAAGGAGAAAGAUACGGAGGCCAAAACGCUCAAGUCGAAGAUCGUCGACAAGGUCCACGAAACGACACUCACUUCUUCGUCGAGUGACAGCAACCAACGCGGGCGGGACAGUGCGUCUAGUGCCUCUAUGGACCGGUUGGAUCCGAAGCUCGAGGAGGAGCGCCGAAAAGACAGCGCGCGGAGGACGUCCGGCGAGGCCAAGAAGGAGAAGGAGAGUGGUCUGUUUUCCUCGAUCUUCGGGGGUGGCCGGAAGAAGAGCAACGAGAGCGGUCAUCACAAGAAGAACUCGUUGCGAGCCAUCUCCCCGGAGCCGCCCGUGCGGAUCCUCCAGCCCGAUGUCGACUAUCCUUGGACUCGCUUCUCGAUCCUCGAGGAGCGAGCGAUCUACCGAAUGGCUCACCUCAAGCUUGCCAACCCGCGUCGCGGGCUGUACUCGCAGGUCCUGCUCAGUAACUUCAUGUAUUCCUAUCUGGCCAAGGUGCAACAGAUGCAUCCGCACAUGAUGCUCGCGACUUCGCCUGCUCAGAGACAGCAGAAGUCGCGAGAACAGUCUGAGGAGUACCAGCAAUACCAACGUUACCAAGAGGAGCAGGACCAACGCUACGCGGACAGCUCGUAUGACGAUCCGCAAAUGUAUGAAUACGGUGAUGAUUCUCACGACCACUAUGGCUCGAAUUCGCGAGGGAGCAAACAAGGCUAUGAGAAUGGGAAUGCAUAUGGACCAGGGCAUUACCAGUAUGGGCAUUAUGGGAAUGAUUCUCAUCUCGACGACGACGAUGACGAUGACGAUAUGUGGUGA